AUGCCGGCCCCGCUGCCCGCCCUCCCCCCCGAGCUGCUGCCGCUAAUCUGCCGCCACCUCGUCACCGCCCGCGAUCUGUGCGCGCUUGCGCAGGUCUCCUCGCCCUUCAACCACGAGCUCACGGCCGCGCACGCGGACCCUCUCUGGCGCCGCGUGUGGCUGCACCUCGCCCGCCUCCCCCCCGACGCCCUCCUAUGGGCCCGCGUCGCGGGCUCGUGGCGCCAGCAAGUCGCCGCCUCGUUCCACCUCGCCCGUCUGCCGCGCGCCCUGCAAGACCCCCCGCCGCCCGCGCGCCCCGCCGUCCUCUUCGUCCCGCCGCGCUACGCUCCCGACGGCUCCGUGCGCCCCGACGACCGCGUCCGCACCAGCCCCAGGAACAUCGAUGUCGAGGACGUCCUGGGACGCGCCGUCGCUGUCGUCGCGCUUGGAUUUUGUGUCGUCGUCGGCUUCGAGAAGGGCAUCGCCUUUUUGAAGAGGAACGCCCCCCAAAAGCCUGCCGCUACACCGCGGGGAAAGUUUGCGAGGCUGAGAAGUCUCGAGCGCGCCACCCUAUUUUAUGAGAAUCAACCGCAGUUGGGCGCCGUCCUCAUGUUCUCGCACCAGCCGCAGGGCGACAACGGCACCAUCGUGGCUGCCAUGUCCACAGACGUGCUGAUCAGGAUCGACGUCGACCAGGAUAAUCCCAAGGCGAAGAGGCCAUUGAAAUGGACCAUCAUCGAUUCGUUCAUGGAAAUCGCCGCCGUCGUCGAAGUCACCACGUCAGAGGACGGCGUGUAUGCUCUGGUCGGCUUUGCGAGCGGCAGGGUCCGGGUCGUGCACAUUGCGCAGGGAGGCUGUCGAAGGGUGUUGGUGAUGCGCGAGUCUGCCGAGAUGAUUGUCGCGAACGGGCGCUGGCUGCUUGCCGCAAAUUCCUUCCCACCGAUCGCAUGUGGCGUGUGGGAAAUAGAGGACGGGCGACCCGCCCACGACUUCACGUGCACGUCGAUCGGGUGGGAGGAGAUCACCUCGAUCGCGGGUCUCAGCGCGACGCGCACAGACUACCUGUUCGCGAUCUGGAACGGGCACAGCGCGAUCCGCAUCCUCAACGCGAAGACGGGCGACUUCUGCAGGAUCAUCCGCGUGAACUCGACGUUUCUCAGGUGCCCGCGCAGCGCGACCGAGGAGGCCGAGCACGGCGCCGUGUCGCCGCACGUGGGGCGGCGCAAGAUGAUCAUGAGCGCGGACCGGAAGACGGCCGUCGUCGCGACGUCCAACCGCGCGUUCGUCGUGCCGCUCAGUCCCGCCGCACGGCCGCAGGAGAUGCGCCAGCUGGACGGCGCAAAACGCGCGCUGCUCGCCUUGUCUACAGACGAUCGCGUGCUCGUCACGGCGGAAAGCAACGUGUUUGGCAGCCUGGGGAGCAGGGUGUUGGGCCGGGCGUCGCUGGCGAGCGAGCCGCUGCUCAGGUUCUGGGAUGUCGCCUCCGGACGCCUGCAGGGCGAUAUCGUCACCCCCUCUACUGUGACCUCAGUUUCGACCGCAGGGGACAUUGUGGCGGCGGUUGCAGGGGCCGUCGGACAGGUCAUGGUCGCAUUUUCGACUCCACAAUAGUAACAAGAGGAAAGAAAAGACGAGCGACAUAUAUAAAUACUACGGCAAGGAGAAUAAAAUGCAUCACCACGUUUCCCGGGUA